UCACUGCGCACCGUCGCCGUUAUUGUGCGUCGGCACCUCCCCACGGCGGCUUCACGCUCGCUCCCUCCCAAAAGAAGAUGGCGUCCUCUGUUUGGAAGGGUCUUGUUGGGAUUGGGCUUUUUGCUUUGGCUCAUGCUGCCUUCUCAGCGGCUCAGCAUCGAUCCUACAUGCGACUUACAGAAAAGGAAAAUGAAACCCUACCCGUGGAUAUAGUUCUUCAGACCUUGUUGGCAUUUGUAGUCACUUGCUACGGCAUUGUACACAUCGCCGGGGAGUUUAAAGACAUGGAUGCAACAUCAGAACUAAAGAACAAGACAUUAGACACCCUCCGAAAUCACCCCUCAUUUUACCUCUUCAAUCAUCGUGGGAGAGUCCUUUUCCAAUCUCCUGAGGAUAACACCCCAAGUCAGCAGGCACUCCCCUCUAAUCCUUUGCGGCUGCGAAAACUGGAGCCAUUGCGUCAAUGAGAAUUAUUUGGAUUCUCUGGAUUAAGAAUUUAAUGUGACAGGAGUGUAAAAAAAAAAAAAUGAAA